AUGAUCGCGAGCGUAGGAAUGGAGCUGAAAUCUGUAUUUACACACAAUCCACAAUUGUCGCUGGUCGCGGGAACACUGCAGCAGCAUCGACAGUGCAUCAAAGAGAAGCUCGGUCAAGGCAACUCGAAGACAAGGGUCGCGAAGAUCAUGGCGCUUCUCGUCGAGUCUGGAGGACUUUAUUGUAACUUUUGGGGAAUCUACCCUACCGGUGUCCUCGUCCUCGUCAGCCUGGAAAAAACGAUGUGGGACUCGCGUGACAGCGUCGUGGGAUACAUUGACGGCAAUACUACACACUUGGAAUUCGCCCCUGGUCCUGGCAUCGUCUCAAAAAAUACCGCGAGUCGACAUCAGAUCGGUACCAUCCAGCUAGACACAGAGAUGCAGGCAGUCGAGUUUGAUCGAGACGCCUAUAUGGACUCGAUUGAAUCUGAAGUGUGA